AUGGAUCCGUCCCGCCUAGAGUCCCACCCCACCGGCCGAGAGUCUGACCCCGCAGGCCUAGAUUUCCACUCUGCUGGCCGAGAUGAUUUCUCCACUGGCCACCAGUUCGACUCUCUCUACCAGGAAUUGGACCUAGACUCUCUUAACGAAGAUCUUUUUCCUCAGUCCAUGCCAGAGACCUCCGAGGACACAUACGAAUCCCACCCGACUGCCCAGCCAGUGGCUCUCACAGAGUCCCAGCAGAAGGAGCUCAUAUCCCAGCUCACGAAAUUGGAGGCGGAGAUUGUCGCCCUGCGCCAGGCGCUGGCAGCCAAAGAGAGACGCUGCGUGGAGCUCAAGAGCAAGCUGGGCCUCACGGCCUCGGUGGGGCUGAGGCGGAAUCUGUCCAAGAGCUGGCACUACGUUCAGGUCUCCAACGCCUACGUGAAAGAAAAGACGUCCGCUGCCCUGUUCGCCAUGGGCUCUGCCGUCUGCAGGAAGCUUGCAGACGUCAAGAAGUCGGCCACAUUCAGAUCCUUUGAAGGUCUGAUGGGGACAGUCAAGUCCACAGUCGCAGGUGGCAGAGAGCUGGGCAGUGACUGCCUUCCUUCUUCAGCGAGGACUGGGGAUGACCUGCUCGCCUUUCUGGAGCCGGAAUGA